CCUUUCGCUCGUUAAACUAGUGGGUGGUAUAAAAUCUCGCCGAGCCCUUCCCCACAGUUCACGACUCCACCACACACACUUUCCCCUCCUCAGCUCUCUCGCCUCCUGCGAGCACCUUCGCCUCGCUCUCAUGGCCUCAGAGCCUAUAGAGUGCCAGGUCGUGGUGCUGAGGGUGUCCAUACACUGUGAGGGAUGCAAGAAGAAGGUGAAGAAAGUGCUCCAAAAUAUUAAUGGCGUGUACCGAUGCGAGAUCGAUGCCAGGAGCAACAAGGUCUCGGUGACGGCAUCGACGAAGCUCGAUCCCUACAUCAUCGUUGCCAAGCUGCGUAAGUCCGGCAAGCAGGCCGACCUCUGGCCCGAGCAGCCGCAGCCGCAGCCUCCUGCAGAGAGCCAAGAGCCCAAGAACCAACCCGACGAGCAGAGCAAACACAGCGAACCUGCGGAGAAGCCGGGCGCCGACAACAACGAGGCCGCCGCGGCAGAGCCGAGCAAUCCCCAGCCUCCACCGGAGCUUAAGCAGAGCGCCGCAGGCGAGACCCCAAAGCCGGCGCCAGAGAGCAAAGAAGCCUCCGGCGCCAAUGCGAACGCCGGCGGCGAGGCCGCGCCGGCAGCAGAGCCGCAGCAUCACCAUCAACCCAGUGAAGUGAAGGGGAAAGCGAGGCAGCAGCCGCCGCCGCCGGAGCUGGAGAAGCAGCCGGUCGACGCCCGGGUGACGGUGGAGUACGACCGGGGCGUCGGCGGCGGCUACGGGAACCACAUGCCGGCGCCGCAGCACGUCGUGAUGAGCUACAACCAGGCGCGGCCGAGCAUGAGCGCGUCCUACUACGCCCCCGCGCCGGCGCCGGCGCCGAUGGCGAGGCCGGGGCCGUCGCAGGGCUACAUCGACGAGCACUACACGCCGUCCUACUACGGCCGGCCGUCUUCGAACGAGCCGUACUACUACAACCCUCCGCCGCCUCAGCCGUCACCGUAUCGCUACCAGUACCAGCCUACCCCGUCGUCGGAGGACUACUACUACUACAGCGCGCCGCCGCAGAGGAGCGCCUUCUCGCCGCCGCGGGACGGCUACGGCGACAUGUUCAACGACGAGAACGCCAAUUCUUGCAGCGUGAUGUGAAGGCAGGAAAGAAGAAGCUUGUAGUUUCACUGCUCCGUAAUCAAGCACGGCUAUGUGUAAUAUGUCUUUAGACGUUAGAAUUAGUAGACGUAACCAAUGUAGUAGCACUGCUCGGGCUUCAUGGCGCUACAAUAAGAUGAGCGGAGCUUGAAUGCUUGACGCACGAGAGGGAGAGCGUGAGGGGCUGAUGGAACAGCUCUGGUGUGUUGUGCUACACAUCAGAGCAAUUUUGUAACAUUUGACUUGGUUAAACUGGAGAUAUUCAGUCUCUUAAAUUCCAGUUGGGAACUUUGUACAGAAAAUACGAGCAAAGACACGAUCUAGUAUGCAUCUUUGUUAA